AUGUUAGAUUCAGAGACUGUUCAUGCUGGUGUACCGGUGGCACUCUCUACUGCCCAAACUGAAGACACGUUCACGUUAGCGAAGUACGAGUCGACUGUUACAGACAGAUCAUCGUAUUUGGGCCCAGAUUCUAAUGAAAACUUGAGAGAAGCCAUCGCGAGGUACUACGACAUCGAACAUAUUGCCGAGUAUUUCACACACAAUAAAAGUUUUCGCAAUAUUACUUUACAAUUUCCUGAUAAACUGAUUCAAGAUUCAAGUACAGUGACACAACUUUUGCAAGAUAAGUUAGUGAUACAGGACAAGGACACAAAAAGUGCAAAGAGAAAUAUCUGGGUACUAGCAGAUACUGCAUAUAGUCCGUGCUGUGUGGAUGAGGUGGCCUCGGAGCAUGUAAACGCAGACAUAGUUAUUCAUUUUGGUGAUGCAUGUCUGAAUGCGAUUAAAAGUCAGCCAGUAUUGUAUUGCUUUGGACGGCCAUACUUGGAUUUUGACGAACUUUCACAGGGCUUCAAAAAGACUUAUAGUGAUGAAAUGGCAAAGGUCUGUCUCAUGGCAGAUGCGCCUCAUAGUGAAUGUAUUGGAAAGCUUUAUGAAAUAUUGAGGAAUGAUGGAUAUGAAAACUUGCUGUAUGCUGUUGUUGAUGAAAAAUCAUCUAGUUCUAACUGCACAAUAUUACAAUCAGAUCAACAUCAAGCAUCUCAUUCAAAUAAGCUAAUUUCGCUCCAAAACAGAGCUAUUUAUUCUUCCAAUAAGGAGCUGAAAACAAUUGACGAGGCAAAUUUGCAGGAGAAUUAUGACUUGUUUCACAUUACGGUUCCUGCAGAUCCUCAUCUUCUUUUUUUAACUACAAAGUUCAAGACAGUGAGUCUGUAUGAUACGGAAACCUCAAGCGUAAAGCAGGGGCCAUAUCCAUCUUUAAUGAAACGAUAUAAAUUUAUGCAUGUUGCAAGAACUGCAGGUUGUAUUGGGAUUUUGGUCAAUACACUAUCUCUAAAGAAUACAAAAGAAACAAUAAACACUUUAGUCAAGCAUAUACGAGAUAGUGGUAAAAAACAUUAUUUAUUUGUCGUUGGUAAACCGAAUGUUGCAAAGUUGGCAAAUUUCGAGCCGGUAGACAUUUGGUGUAUUUUGGGUUGCGGGCAAGGAGGAAUCAUUCUAGAUCAGCACAAUGAAUUUUACAAGCCAAUCAUAACACCUUACGAGCUUACUUUGGCAUUGAAACCUGAAGUAACCUGGACUGGACAAUGGGUGGUCGAUUUCGAUGCCGUUCUCGACGAAAUUGAACAAGAAAACACUCAAAUGAAUGUGGCCUUUGAAGAUAGCACCAAUCUCAGUAAAGCAGAAGCAAAAGAUUUAUCUGGGGACCUCCAAAACGAAGGAGCUCCAGAUUUCGAUGCGGUAACUGGUAAAUAUAUUAGCACAUCCAGACCGCUUAGAAAACUUAAGCACUUGGAGCUAGACUAUCCUGCUAUGGGCUCUAGAGAGCUUACUAAAAAUGUGGCUGGUGGUGUCAUCAUUAAGGGAACGGUUUCGACAUCCGCGGCCCAUUUGCAAAGUCGUGAAUGGACAGGUCUAGGCAGCGACUAUUCAUCUCAAGAUGGGUAUGAUGAAUCUGGUGCAGCCGUCGAAGAGGGAAUAUCAGGGGUAGCUUCCGGUUAUGAAUUUGAUAGAACUAACAAACCGAAAUCUAGAUAG